AUGGACCUUCCGCUUCAUCGAGACUCGGGUCGAACCCUUGGCAAGAAGCGAAGCAGUCUUGGAAACACCCUCACUAUAUCCCUUUCUCCUGAACGCGCUUCGCAUCACCAACAACAACGGAGCAUAACAUCUCCCGUCAAACCUUUUUCCGCAACACGCUCAACGCAUUCAUCCCUCGUUUCUCCCGAAUUCCUAACUCGAAGCGCAUCAGCAUCAACCCCCCAACACCACCGCACAGUUUCAGGCUCCCGUCCCUCGCCAAGCUCCAUCGACUAUGGCUCCAUGCACUCUGAAGCACGAACCGAAUCCGCCCUAACGAUCCGUCCUCCUACCGAACGAGGAGGUACGCCGCCCCUCACGCCCUUCCCGCCGUGGGUCAGCGAGGAAGAAGACGAGGGUGAUGAAGAGUGUGAGAAUCGUACCUGGGAGAACUCUACGACCAAAAGGCAUAGUUACGAUGGCGGUCAUGUGCCUGUGACGAUUGUGCGCGUUGAGGGGAGGUGGGUUGUUAGUUCUGUCAUACAUGGCCUCGUGCUUGUGCUGCAGUUUGCUGUGACACUGGGUGUUUUUAGCGCUUUGAUGUGGAUUACUGUUUGGAAGGAGAAUGAGCCUGGUAACGACUUUGACAACUGGCUCUGGAAAUUCGCAGAUCCAAGUCUCGUCAUCGUUCUCCUCCUCUGCUCCACAAGCCUGAUCAUCCACGAAGUCAAGCUCCUGCCCUCUGUCGCACUCCUCUACCUCGAAUCACUCAUCCUAGUCGCCACAACCGUCGCCAGUUUCGUCCUUUGGACGCGGUGCUUCCAGGAGGAGAGCCGCAGUGUCAAAGGUAUGCUGAUGGGUAGCAAUGUUUUGAUGUGGGGACUUGCGUUCUUUGGAUUCGUCAGGGCGGUUGUCAUCUGGAAGGUUGAUGCGGCGGAUGAUGAUGUCGAUCAGGAGAGGGCGGUUAUGUAUGGGACGUUUGUUCCAUGGGAUGAAAGGCGAGAGUCUUUGUAG